UGUGCCAGGUGGAACCCAUUGGCUCCCGUGGAUUUUUGUUGUGGCUCGCUCCUUUUCCCGGGCAUUUGUGUCUACACUGCUUUCAUGUCCCUGGUGGUCACGGCACCCCGGAGCCUCCGAGUCCAUGGCCGCUAGCUUGAGGGAGCCGUCCUUCAACACCUCCGCCUCGCCGUCGAGCUGCGACACAGACGACGAGGGCGUGCGCGGCACCUGCGAGGAUGCUUCUCUGUGUAAGAGGUUUGCAGUAAGCCUCGGCUACUGGCAGGAUCCCUACAUCCAGCACUUCGUGAGACUGUCCAAAGAGAGGAAGGCCCCCGAAAUCAACAGAGGAUAUUUUGCUCGCGUCCAUGGUGUCGGUCAGCUCAUAAAGGCAUUCCUACAGAGGACCGAGUGCCGUUGUCAGAUCCUCAACCUCGGGGCAGGGAUGGACACCACCUUCUGGAAAUUAAAGGAUGAAGAUCUUCUGCCGAGUAAAUAUUUUGAAGUGGAUUUUCCAAUGAUAGUCACGAGGAAGCUGCACAACAUUAAAUGCAAGCCGGUCCUGUUAAACCCCAUUUCAGAGGUGCACUCGGAGGACGCGCUUCAAAUGGAUGGACACAUGAUGGAUUCAAAGAGAUACGCCAUUGUGGGAGCAGAUCUCCGAGACCUAGCUGACCUGGAAGAGAAACUAAAGAAAUGUAACAUGAACACACAACUGCCAACCCUCCUGAUAGCCGAAUGCGUGCUGGUUUACAUGACGCCGGAGCAGUCUGCAAACCUCCUCAAGUGGGCAGCCCGCAGCUUCCACACGGCCAUGUUCGUAAACUAUGAGCAGGUGAACAUGGGCGAUCGGUUCGGCCAGAUCAUGAUCGAAAACCUGCGGAGACGACAGUGUGACCUGGCAGGCGUGGAAACCUGCAGAUCGCUGGAGUCGCAGAAAGAGCGGCUGCUGGCCUGUGGGUGGGAGACGGCGGCAGCUGUGGACAUGAUGGCGUUGUACAGCCGGUUACCACGCGCCGAGGUGAACAGGAUAGAGGCCCUGGAGUUCCUGGACGAGAUGGAGCUUCUGGAGCAGCUCAUGCAGCAUUACUGCCUGUGCUGGGCGACCAAGGGCGGACGUGAGCUGGGUGCGUGGCCAUGGCCCUGUGGCUUUGACCUAGAGACGGGCACUGCCCUGGGCUGGGAAGUGAGAGACGUCUCGGGGCUGUAGGCCCUGGAGGAAGUGGAUGAUCAUGUGUGUAGUGUCUGUGUGCGUGCACAGGCAGUGUGCCGUCCGUGUGUCUGUGCACGGCGUGCCGUCUGUGUGUCUGUGCACGGUGUGCCGUCCGUGUGUCUGUGCACGGCGUGCCGU